GAGGAGAUUAAAAAAAGGAACAAUCAUUUGGGGAAAUUUAUAGAGUAUUUAUUUCAAUAAGUGGAGGAGAUUCAGCAAAGGUAAGAACCUACAAUGUUGAAGAAAUUAGAAGUUAAUAUUUGGAUAUGCAUUUUUGGUUUAAAAAAAAGAAGAAGAGAAAAUCUACAUCUAGCCUCGAGAAACACAGACCUUAUUCUGAAAUUAUGAUAAUGCGAACUAGAAGUACGAUUAUAUAUAAAUAAAGUAAUCCCGAUCGAUUAAAAUUAUGAAGAACACCUACUUAUCAUGCUUAAGAAAUUUUUAGAAAUAUUUUAGAAUCAAAGGAAUUUUUGAAUUAUUCCAAGGUAAUUCAAAUUUAUCCUUUUUUUAAUUUUUAUUUCUACAGAAGAACCUUUAAAAAUUAUUCUAUAAUAUUUCAAUUAUUAUAGAAUUUAUAUCAAUAAUUUGAUCGAUUUACAAUUUCAAGGUAGUACUCCC